UCAGGUGCAUCUUUCAUUCAUUAAUAAUAAUUAAUAAUCACAUACACACCGUGCCAAUAUAAUUGUAACAAUAUAAUAUGGAUAUUGUAUGGUAACAUAUCUCCCAUACACAUAAUCAAAUAAAACUUGAAAUUAACAUUUCGCCCUCAAAUGAUUCUAGUAAUGAACCAUUGCAUCAGAUUUUUUUUUCUUAAAGGUCCCCCAUCCCAGUGUCUGAAGCUCAUCAAUAAUGCAUAUGGUGCUCAUACAUAUGAAUGAUGUCACCGUGGAGGUCCACCAAUCGUUGGGCGUGACCCACCGCUUUGCACCAUGUGCUCACACACACUCACGGGCUGCCUGCAACGAUGAUGGAAUAAUAAUAAAUAAAAAUCCACAUUUUGCCUGCCGGGGAAAAAAAGCACAAGAUGGCGGUCCAGACCAACUUGGUCCCUCCCAAGAAGGCCCAGCCCGGCAUGGUGAAGUCAAGCCUGGUCCAGGCUAGUGUAGCCACCAUGCAGAACCCAACAGGCUGUGAGCCCAAAGCCAACGGCCACUGCACGCUGCCUCGCCUGUCCAUCUCGUCGCGCUCGGCCAGUGUCGUGGCCAGCAUGGACACCAGCUGCGACGGCUCGCUGGCAGCUCUGCACUCGGUCAUGAAGUGGAAGACCGUAUUGGCCGUGUUCAUCGUGGUGGUCCUGUACCUCGUGUGCGGGGGUCUGGCAUUUAGGGCGCUGGAGCAGCCGUUUGAGAGCGACCAGAAGACCAGCAUCACUCUGGAGAAGGCUUCCUUUCUGGCAAGACACUCAUGUGUCACACCCGACGAGCUGGAGGCUCUCAUAAAGCAUUCCAUCGACGCUGUGAGUGCCGGAGUGAGUCCCAUAGGCGACACCUCGUACAACUCCAGUUACUGGGACCUGGGCAGCGCUUUCUUCUUCGCCGGAACUGUCAUCACCACCAUCGGUUAUGGAAAUAUCGCUCCCAGCACGGAGGGCGGGAAAAUCUUCUGCAUCCUUUAUGCCAUAUUUGGCAUCCCUCUUUUCGGCUUCCUGUUGGCCGGGAUCGGCGAUCAGCUGGGCACUAUCUUUGUCAAAAGUAUUUUGAGAGUGGAGAAGAUCUUCAGGCAAAAACACAAACAGAUCAGCCAGACGAAGAUCCGGGUGACGUCCACCAUCCUUUUUAUCUUCGCCGGUUGCAUCGUCUUCGUCACCGUUCCCGCUGUCAUCUUCAAACACAUCGAGGGCUGGACCACGCUGGAGGCCAUCUACUUUGUCGUCAUCACUCUCACCACAGUGGGGAUCGGCGACUACGUGGCGGGCGGAAACCGCAGGAUUGACUACAUGAAGUGGUACAAGCCUCUGGUGUGGUUCUGGAUCCUGGUGGGUUUGGCCUACUUCGCGGCCGUCCUCAGUAUGAUCGGAGACUGGCUUCGAGUGCUAUCCAAGAAGACCAAAGAUGAGGUUGCCGCUCAUGCAGCCGAAUGGAAGGCGAACGUACGAGCCGAGUUCCGGGAGACGCGGCGGCGCCUGAGCGUCGAGAUCCACGACAAGCUCCAACGGGCGGCGACCAUCCGCAGCAUGGAGCGCCGCCAGCUGGGUCUGGAACAGCGGGCCCACUCUUUGGACAUGCUGUCUCCUGAGAAGAGGGCUGUUUUUGCCAGUCUGGACACCGGCCGCUAUAAGACCUCAUCCCAGGAGAGCAUCGACACCAAGCUAAACAACCUGCGGCUGAAAGGCGCCUGCGAGCCCUACGAGCGCCGCAGCGUUGAGCAGAUGCCACAGACGGCGUCCUCGUCGGAGGAGAAUCUCUUCAACCUGCGCUUCGGCACGCUCACCAAGCUGGCCAGGCGCAGCAAGAACCGCGAGAUCCGGAGGAACAUACCCGGCGACGCUCGACGGGCCAGUGUCGGCAUUGGCAAUGGGAACGCCAUGUUUGACGAAGAGCGGGGCGAGGGCGGGGAAGAAGAUUGUGAGCUCGAUGAGGAAAGCCAGGAGAGGAAAGAGAGGAACACCAGCUUAACAAACCUGUCACAGUAUUCCAUGGAUCGCUCCAAGUUGAACGGGUGCAUACCGGAACUGCCGAAACACCAGGAUGACUAGGUGCUCUCUGGAGAAACUCAUCUGAUGGAGGGAUAGAGACUCUCAGUUAGAAGUCUACUCGUGCCCCUUUGAGGUACGCUCUAAAAGAAUUUCCUGGACUCCAAGUAGCAUUUGUACCUGAAUCGGUGCAUUCAAGAACUCUCCAAAGCCAGAGUGAUUCGCGCUUUUCCAGAGAAUUUAAUCAGACAAAGGAGUAUAGACUGUCAUUUCAGUCCAAAUUAUACUACCCCGAAAUUUCUGGACGGGAACUGUCCAAAACCAGAAUGAUCAGCUUGUCCUGUCAAGAAAAUCAUCAGACCGAGGGACAUAGACCGGCUGAAGGAGCCGCUUCCCGCUCCCUCAAUGGGAUCAUUUCUGAACUCCAAGGAGCGAUGUCCACGGUGAACGUUUGCCUGCCAGAACUGUGAAAAAAAAAAAAAAAAAGACCACUUAGCUGCUUGUUCGAGGAAAGCGUCUGACAAAGUGAGACAGACUGUCAGAAAGCGUCCCCGCGUGCCCCUCAAAGUACAACCUUGAAAAGAAUUGUACCCUAUCGGGCUACGAGAAUAAUAGAAAUGGAGAAGAAAUGAAAAUAAUUUCUGGAUUUCUCAAGGAGCCUUUCAACAAGUCCAACUGUCCAAAACCAGACUGAUGACCUGUUCACCGGAGAAUCUUAUCAGACGGAGGGAUUAUAGACUUGCAGAAGGAGUCCGCGCGCUACCCUCAAGGUACCAUCGAAAAGAAUCGUACCUCACAGUGAUCCUUUCUAUACUCCAAGGAGAGCUCAAAGUCUGGUAAAAGUCAUCGGUGCAUUGAGCGUUCAUCCCACUGGCAGGCCUUUGUAACGCCGACAUUUUUUGCAGGAGUCCACGGGCAUACGUGAAAGAAAUGUGCCUUUUCCGUUCCCUCAGUUAGCUUGGAGCCGCUCCUGGGAAUUUGUGUCACUGUGCCAUCAAAUCACGGGGAAGCAAAACCCGUUGCCCAAAAAAAAAAA